GGCGAGCUGGUCGCCAGGAGUAAGAGAAAUACCUUUCCUUCAAAGCACAUAUAGGGGAAAUACUGUUCGUGUGCGUUUGCUUCUGUGGCGACCUGAAGUAACUGGGGGAUGCGAAUUUAAAUAUUUCUGUGAUUUUGUGUGGGUCAGAGCCGUGGCCACAACAGGUGACAAAGAAGAGAUGAAGGGGUGGUGUCCCUUUCUACCCCUGGCCAGCACUGGGCGUUGAAUUUCUACGCCGGUGGGAUCCAAAGUCUCUUUUCAUAAUGGCGACGCUGGAUGGGAACAUGGAUGUGGAGAACCUGCUGGCCUCCAUUCACCUGGAUAAGUACCUGGACGUCUUCAAACACUCGGGCUUCCACCGGGCCAAAGAUUUCUUCCACCUUGACAAUGAGGCUCUCAACCAGCUGGGAAUAACUGCCACAGGCCACAGGAAACGCAUCUUGAAGCUAGCAGACCAGAUCCGGCAGCAAAGCCAGGAGUCCUCGCUUGGUCGCUGCCAGUCUGAGUCGGCCAUUCAGGUAGUGUUGCCAGAAGGGUCUGUGCCCUCCUGUCCCCGGGAAGAGGUCUCCAUGUCACUGGCGCACCUUCGGAACAACUCAGUCCCAAACAUUCCAUCUGUGCUAACGAAUUCCAGUUUAGACCAGAAUGACAUCAUGGUGAAGCCAGUGCCCAAACCAAGGACUGUAUUCCACAAACCCAAAAAGGAGUCUCCUCUUUCCUGUGUGAUGCCAGAACCCCAGCUUUCCAAAGGACUGUCUCAGGAAUCCCUAUGCUUCACGGUUUUGGAGGGCAUUGGCUCUGGAGAGUCUUUUUCAAGCUUGGAGGAUCCUGGUCUUGACCAAAGACAAGGCUCCUGUGAGAGGAGGCUGAGUAACUGUAUAUCACCAUCAGAGUCUGGUGGACCUCUACCCCCAGUUCCCCCUAGGCUCCAUAGGGGGGUGCCCCCAGCUACAUUCAGAGUUCCCCAGUCACCUAGUAAGGAUGAUCAGGACCAGUCCAUCACCCCUCCUCUCUCUUCCUCCCCCAGUUCACCUGGUAGUCAUGGGGAUCCUUUGCGGUCCUCCUUUCACAGUUCUCCUCCAUGCAAAAUGGAAAUGGUCUCUAAUGACAUCUACUGGGGAACUUCACCCAGCGCUGAGGGCAUAGGUGGAGAGAAUCAAAGGAAUCGUCCUGUCCCCUUACCUCCACCUCGGCAAGAGCUCAAGAACACAUCCGCUGAGAGAAACAGCACUUUAGGUAACAAUUCUUCAGAGCCCCAUGAGAGAAUACAUGCCCCUCAGGAAGCCCACGACGAAUCAAUUAGCCCUUACUGCGAGACUGUGUUUCAGAGCAAGCAGCCUUACGAGGACACCAAGGCCACAAGGACCAAAAGUGAAGGAGAAACUGGGGUGUUGAAAAAGGAUGAAGACACAAAAGCAGAGGAUGCUGGGCGACAACUCCUGUCCAGAACCCCAGGCCUCACCCGUUCAGUGCACUGCGAGUCCCAGGGGUACUGCACAGUGGGGGAGCCAGCCCCUGCCUCUGGGCGAUGCUUAUCCCUGCCCCCCAGGCUGUACCACGAGCAAGACGACGAUCAGACCAUCUCCCCCUAUGCCAGCUACACCUCUCUGUCCGAGCGAGCCGUGCCCAUCAUCAGCGGCUGGCUGGACAAGCUCUCGCCUCAAGGAAACUACGUGUUUCAGAAGCGCUAUGUGAAGUUUGAUGGCAAAAAUCUGAUGUAUUUCGGCAAUGAGAAGGAAGUUUACCCAAAAGGCGUGAUUCCUUUGGCUGCAAUACAGAUGGCUCGCACGGCCAAAGACAAUAAAUUUGAGGUCGUGACGAGCCACAGGACGUUUGUCUUCCGUGCAGAUAACGAAGCCCUGAGGAACAAAUGGUGCAGCACUCUGCAGGAAAGAGUCAAGGAGCAGCUGGUGUUCGGUCGGCCGCGUUACGGCCCAGGCAACCACUGCCAGAGGAGCGGCUUUCUGGAGCUCAAAGGGACCAAGUCCAAGGUCUACGCUGCCAUCUACACCGACCAAGUGUGGCUCUACAAAAGCGAGCAGUGUUUUAAGAAUGGAAUUGGGAUCACUUUGAUAGAGGCCAGAGGCUCCACAAUCAGAGACAACAAGAGCAAAGUCUUUGACCUUAUAACACCUUACAAGACAUUCAGUUUCACAGCGGAGUCGGAGAGAGAAAAGAAGGACUGGAUGGAGGCCCUGCAGGAGUCCAUUGCGGAGACGCUCUCCGAUUACGAGGUGGCGGAGAAGAUCUGGUCCAACAGGUCCAACAAGAUCUGCGCCGACUGCAAGGCCAUCAAUCCCGACUGGGCCUCCAUCAACCUCUGUGUGGUCAUCUGCAAGAAUUGCGCAGGGCAACACAGAGGUCUGGGCACAAUGGUGUCCAAAGUGCAGAGUUUGAAACUGGACACCAGUGUGUGGAGCAACGAGAUCGUGCAGCUUUUCAUCAUGCUGGGCAAUGACAGGGCCAACGAGUUCUGGGCGGCGCGGCUCCCUCCGGCCGACGAGCUGGACUGUGACGCGACUCCGGAGCAGCGGCGGGAGUUUGUGACCCUCAAAUACCGCGAGGGACGCUUCCGUCGCCCCCACCCUGGCUUCACCAAACAGGAGGAUCUCCUCAAGGCCCUUUGCACUGCUGUGACCGAGCAGAACCUGCUGAAGACUGUCACCAGUAUCUUUGCGGAGGCUGAGGCCGCCUACCUUUCCGACACUAAUGGCUACGACAAGUGUUUGUCCCACAACCCGCACAGCCCGAAAGCUACCUCAGAUCUGAGCUCUAUGGACCAGUCUCAGAGCGUUUAUGAUGAAAUUAUCCAGCCGGUGUUGCACUCUGGGUACCUCUACAAGUCAGGCUCCAUGAACAAAGGCACAUUAUCCCGAAAGACCAGAGAAGAUUUCCAGAAGUACUGGUGCUCGGUGGAGAAAUCCAUUCUCUUCUACGAGUCGGAUAGGUGCCAUGACCCGAGCAUGAAGAUCGAUGUCAAAGACAUCAUCUGUUUAGGAGUCAGCCGUCCAGAUUCAUGCAACAAUACUGGAUUCAUUGACAGGUUCCGCUAUACCUUUGAACUGUAUCUAUCGUCUGAGAAGCUGUACCAGUUCGGUCUGGAGACUCCAGAUGCCCUCCACAGCUGGGCAAGAGCAAUUGGAAAGGCCGCCACGCCCCUGAGCUGCCACUGCCUGCUGGCCCGGGAGUUUGAGCGAGUGGGAGUCCUGCGCUACAAGGCCAUGCUGGACCCCCAGCAGUGGAAGGAGGGCUUCUUUGUCCUGCAGAAGUCCAACCUGUUCAUCUGUCCCCGGAACGACGGAGCCGCCGAGGACAUUAUCAACCUCAAGCGCCUGCAGGAACUCAGUAUGACCUCUCAGAACGACAACCACGAGAAGAAAGACAUUCUGGUGCUGGUGGAAAAAGGAAGAACACUGUACCUCCAGGGGGUGGGCCGCAUAGACCUGUCCCUGUGGUACACAGACAUCCAGACAGCAGCAGGUGGAAAAGGCAAUGCUCUUCGAGACCAGCAGCUUAGUAGGAAUGACAUACCCAUCAUUGUAGACAGCUGUAUUGCCUUCAUCACCCAGUAUGGUCUGGGCCAUGAGGGGAUAUACAGGAAAAAUGGGGCCAAGUCCAGGAUCAAGCUGUUGAUGGAGGAGUUUCGCAAGGACGCCCGCAAUGUCAAGCUUCGUAUUGGGGAUAACUUCAUUGAGGAUGUGACUGAUGUACUAAAGAGGUUCUUCAGAGAAAUCGAUGACCCCAUCUUCAUGACUGACCUGCAUCCUAUGUGGAAGGAAGCUGCAAAGAUAUCCAGUAAGAUGCACCGCCUGGACAGGUACAAGGAGCUGAUUCGCAGUCUGCCCAGAGUGAACAGGACUACACUAGCUGCUCUGAUCAGUCACCUCUACCGGGUUCAGAAGUGUGCCGACCUCAACCAGAUGUGCACCAAGAACCUGUCCCUACUGUUUGCACCCAGCCUCUUCCAGACUGACGGCAAAGGAGAACAUGAAGUGAAGAUCAUUGAGGACCUCAUCGACAACUAUCUCUACGUCUUUGAUAUUGACGAGGAGCAGCAGACACAGAUUGAGCUGGAGAUCAGUCUAAUCACCACAUGGAAAGAUACACAGCUGUCGCAAGCUGGAGACUUGAUCAUUGAAGUGUAUUUGGAAAAGAAGAUACCUGACUGCUGCAUCACUCUCAAGGUGUCGCCAUCAAUGUGUGCAGAGGAGCUAACCAAUCAAGUCCUGUACAUGCGGAAUGUACCUGCUGGGGAGAAGGAAGUAUGGCUGACAUUUGAGGCUAUCGAAGAUGGAGAGUUGGAACGGCCCUUGCACCCUAAAGAGAAGGUUCUGGAGCAGGCCCUGCAGUGGUGCAAGAUGGCCAAUCCCAGCUCUGCUUACCUAGUAGUCAAAAGGGUGCCCAGAGGGGAAGCUAUCAAUAUCUUUACAGGCUACAAGAGUGAGAUCGUGAAGAGUGGCGUUCUGAAGUGCCGAGAGGAGCCUCCAAAACUGCUGCAGGGGAACAAAUUCCAGGAGCACACAUUCAAGAUUCAAAACCACAAGCUACUGUUGCUGAAGGACAGGAAGAGCAACAAGCCAGAGAAGGAAUGGCCACUGAAAACUCUGAAGAUCUACAUCGGGAUUCGGAAAAAGCUAAAACCACCCACAAAGUGGGGCUUUACUGUGCUAUUGGACAAACAACAGCUCUACCUCUGCUGUUUGAGUGAGUCUGAACUGUGGGACUGGAUGAUCAGUUUCCUCAAGGCCCAGCACGAUGACCUGCGACCCCCAGUACUGCGCCGUCACUCAUCCUCAGACAUCUCCAAACAGAAGUUUGGGACCAUGCCCCUCGUGCCAAUUCGUGGGGAUGAGAGCAACUCCACCAUGCUGUCUGCCAACCAAACCCUGCGAAAGCUUCAUGCUAGGAGGACACUCUCCAUGUUCUUUCCCAUGAAGAUGCAGCAGGACUCCUUUGAGGAGCGCCCCGAAAGCCCAGAGCCUCUGUAUGAAGAGGUGGGCGACUUCGGCCUCCAGGUGCUGAAAUCUCUGGAGACAAGCUUCCUGUCUGGCAGCAGCUCCGAGACCCAGGAGGUACCAGAGCGGCCGGUCAGCCUGGGCCAGAGGAAGACGGCCUCCCUGGACCGCAUGAUUGGACCCAACCCCGUGCGCAUGCUGGGCAGGGAGGGCCUGCUCCCCCCUGCUGCCUCUCUGGACACCCUGUACCUGGAGGAGCCCAGCAGCUCGGACGCCCAGGUCUCCCUACAGCCCUUCCCCAGGAGGAAGCAGCUAGGGCCCUGCAGCCCCUCCCAGGAGCUGCUGCUGCAGGAGCUCUCCACCGUCUUCACCAAGAAGACUGAGAGUGAGGGACAGCAGGCCAGAGACAACAGCCUCUGAAGACAGUGCACACCCAGAGGGAAACUAUACACACCUCCCAUACCAAUAACCACUGCAGUACCUGUCAUGCAUGAUACACCUUAUACUCUACCAAAGCUUUCUUUUUUAAAGAUUUAUCCUUACACAUUUACUGUAUUUUCGCGGCAUUAAAGUAAUCUUCCUCCACACUAACUUAUAUGGGUGCACAAGCUACGUAUAUGAAUGGGUGGUUAUACAUUUGAAUUCAUUCAAACAAACAAGGAACAAGUGGGUAUGGAUGUUGGCAAAUGCUUGUUGCAUCACUGCCCCUCAUCUGUGCACUUCAGACAUAGAUAUAAUUACUUAUCUCUUUAUUUUUUACCACCAUCUUAUUUUAUUAUGUUAAUUUACUUUAAUUAUGAAUAUCCACAUGUAUGUCAACCAAGGUUGGGAUGGUGAAGCAGUUGGCAUAGGUUACACAUUAAGCAGUGUACAAUACAAGGCACUGGCAUGUUAUUCCUCUCUUCAAAGUCAGACUCAUUGUAAUAUGUGCAACAGCCUAUGUAUUUAUUUAUUUAUUUUUAGAAUACUCAGUGAAUUUUAUAACAGGAUGGACUUUAAGGAAUAUACUGUGAAGGAAAGUUACACACUGAGGAAAUACAGAUCCAUGAAGAGUCUGAAAGGCCAGAACAACUCAGAACCCCAAGGCCUUAAUAAUCUUUAUCCCUGGAGUUGUCAGAAUAAGGAUUGGCAAUCCAAAAGUAACAAGUGCAGUCUUGUUACAUCUAUCAGGAAAAUAAUGAAAGAUCAUUCCACAACGUUUAGAUUUUAAAUAUUAAAAGAAGGACAAUGAUAUAAAAGUUGUUGCCAUUUCUGCAGAUUUGCCAUCUCUCAAAAGAAGAGCCUGUUUCACUUAUCUUCAACAGUAGAUGGCAGUAUGAAACCAGAGUGGUAGCUUAUUUUGAAUCAUGACACUGAGUGUGAGUGUGUGUGUGUCUGUCUGUGUGUCUGU